UCCUAUUGGCCAGUCGGCGACUGGGGAACCGGAAGCAUAAGGGUGUGUUUCCGGGAGGCGUGUCCAACGCCACAUCGACGAACUUCUCCCAAGACGUCGGGUCUGCGUACAUGAGCAAGAUGGAGCUGCGGCCGUUUCUCAUGUGCUUUGCUCUCUGCGUGGUUUACGCCACCAGCAAGCCCACGGAGAAGAAGGAUCGCAUUCACCACGACGAUCCCCUCAGCAACCGAGAGCACGACGACGCCGAGAGCUUCGACUACGACCAUGAGGCCUUUCUGGGACAAGAGGAGGCCAAGACCUUUGACCAGCUCACCCCGGAGGAGAGCAAGGAGCGACUUGGCAUGCUGGUGGAGCGCAUCGAUGAAGAUAAAGAUGGUUUUGUGACUGUGGAGGAGAUGAAGAACUGGAUCAAACAUUCCCAGAAGAGGUGGAUCUACGAGGAUGUGGAUCGGCAGUGGAAGAGUCACGACCUCAACGGCGACAACGUGGUGUCGUGGGAGGAGUACAAGAACGCCACGUACGGAUACAUUCUCGAUGACCCCGAGCCCGAUGACGGCUUCAGCUACAGACAGAUGAUGUCUCGUGACGAGAGGAGAUUCAAGAUGGCCGACCAGGACAAUGACCUGACGGCCAACAAGGAGGAGUUCACUGCCUUCCUUCACCCCGAGGAGUACGAUCACAUGAAAGACAUCGUGGUGCUGGAAACUAUGGAGGACAUUGACAAGAAUGGAGAUGGUUUAAUUGACCUCGACGAGUACAUUGGUGACAUGUACAACCAGGACAGCGCCGGCACAGAACCUGAGUGGGUGAAGACGGAGAGGGAGCAGUUCAGUGAGUUCAGGGACAAAAACAAGGACGGCAAGAUGGACAAGGAGGAGACCAGAGACUGGAUCUUGCCCAACGACUACGACCACGCAGAGGCCGAGGCCAAGCACCUGGUCUACGAGUCUGACACUGACAAAGACGGCCAGCUGACAAGGAGUGAGAUCGUGGACAAGUAUGAUCUGUUUGUGGGCAGCCAGGCUACAGACUUUGGAGAAGCCCUCACUCGACAUGACGAGUUCUAAAACAUUGGACUGUUCUCUCCCCAGACACCGGGAUGAGGUCAUUAGCACAUGAUGAGGUCAUUAGCACCAUGAUGAGGUCAUUAACACCAUGAUGAGGUCAUUAGCACUGUGAUGUGAGGUGUCCCACAAAAGAGGUGCUAAUGCUGGUUCCUGGUGCUCACCACCAUGUGUCUGGUGUCAGACUAAAAAAAAAGAAAAUAUCAGCGAUGAGAAAGUUAAAGGUAGAGCAUGCAGAAUUGUUUGGUUCCUUUUUUGCAAAGCACUGGACAAUAAUUCCCUGCCCAAAGAAUGAGUGUGAUGUCAUCCAAACUGAAUGUUAGAUGUUUGAAUGCUCAGUCACAUGAAGAUUGGAGAUGUAGGAAGACUUACAUGAUGCUCUGUGCUGUCUCAUCACCUCAUCUUCUAUCUACACAUAUUUAUACACGUCUGCCCCGCAAAAUUCACUCCAGGAAGCCUUUCUCCAUCACACUUCCCCUAUAAACUUGUCUUUGCUCAGCUUGUAUUUUCUCUAACACCAUUUAGAACCACUGCCGAUCAUGUUUUAUUAUAUUGUAUUAUGCACAUUGUGGUUUUUUUGUGUGGUUUUGUUUUUUUACCCGCUCACUUCAGAAAGGCAGCAUUUCACUUGAGACUUAACUGUAAAUAUGUUUGUCUGCAAACUGAGCUGACGAUCAGGUCAAGUUUUUGUGAUAGAGAACAUCUUUGAAAAAAUAAUAAAAUUAGGGUAAAAAUC